CACCGGUUGAGCAACCGGUGCCACCGGUGGACCAGACAUCCGUCCUUUUAAUUCAACUGGUUGCUGCCAUCACCAUACAAAGCUGUGAACAGGGUCAACCAUAAGCACCGCAUCCAUCAGUGGUGGAAUCAACCAGUGAAUUAAAGAAUUCACCUAUUAUCACACUAGCUUGAACGCAAAAUGCAAAAUGGUAAAUACCAUUUUCAUUUGGUUAUUCGCUUGAAUUUGAUUAAUUAUUUUUGACAUCGGCCUUUCCUCAUUGACAGAUUAUGUGUUCUGUGACGGGGGUUGUCAUUUGUCAUAUUUGAAAAUUCAUACGUUAUAAAAGUCCCUUUAAAAGCCUGACAUUUUUUAUAAUUUGUAAUGUUUAUAACACAAAGCUAUGGUUGAUCAAGUGGAAAUAAGAGAAAUGUUCGAUACAGCUUAUUCAUUAAGCGCAUCAAACGUACAUUACCCAUCAGGUCCUUUACUCCAGAGAAGACAUAGAUAUAAAGUACAUAUUGGUGAUGAAAAUGAAACUCGUGCUAUUUACGGUCCCACAGAAUGCCAUUCACAUUCUCUAAGAAUGAAGUCUGCUUUAUGCUACAAAAAACUACUAAAUAAACGUACACAAAAGGUGGAUCAUGCAACUCUACUUGUAGAUGCUAUAAAAAAUUUAGACAUUAAGUGCUCAACAUAUCCUGAAGAAAAGCAUGUAGCAGAAAUGUUACAGCAUUUAAAAGAAAUGCCCAAAGAAUGGACUCUUGUGCAACUAACACCUAAGUAUAACCCAUUAGAAAACUUUCAAGAAGAUAUAAAUACCUAUUAUACUGAAGCCAUCCAUAUAUCUAUUUUCCACUGUGGGCCUGCUGCUCCAGACCCAUUUCUAGUCACUGCGGGACCUCCUAAAGACCCUGUUAAUGGACAGACGGUAAAAUUAGCAAAUGAAAUGUAUUCUAUUAUAAGAGAUAAUAAGGAGGUUUUAACAUAUGGUUCAAAGAGGAGAAACUUCAGAUCUUUAGCUGAAAAAAGUGAUUAUUUGAGUAAAAGGAGAAGUAUUGAAGAUAGAUUGAAGUUUCUUGUUAAAGACAUGCAAUAUCUCUGGUUAAAGCAGUGGCGAUGUUUAUUUACUGGAAAAUACUGCGAUGAAGCUUUGGAAGAACAAAUAAUCCAUGGUAUUUCUAAUGGGAUUGCUAAUGUGAAAGUUACUGAAAAAGCAAAAGCUAUUUUAACCUGUUUAGUGAAAAAUUUCGUCACCUUGAAAUCAACUGAAGUAAGAGCUGCUAUCCAGUAUUGUUUCCCAGAAGUGACAGAUAAAAGUGUCAUCAAAACAAUAGCUUUGGCAGUUAAAAAACUAAAUGAAGAUAUUGUUGGAUCCUCAGAUGAAUUAAAAAGGAAUCCUAUAAUACUCAUAUUACAUGAGGUAAUACUCAAAAGGGAUUUGGAUGCAUUUCCUUGGGAAAUGAUGGAUGUGUUAAAGGAAAAACCAGUCACAAGAGUGCCUUCACUUAGAUUCCUAUAUAACUUAUACAAGUCUCAUAGAAAUGACAUAGUUGAUGGAUAUAAAAUAAUAAAAUAUUCUAAUAAAGGUUGCUAUGUUGUCAAUCCAGACAAAGACCUAGAUAAUAUGGAAACAAGAAUCAUGUCAUUUUUUAACUACUGGAUGCCAAGCUGGUCUGGAAUUUCAGGUAGUCAGCCAGAAGAUGGGAAGUUCCUAGAGUAUCUAACAUCUGCAGACGUAUUCCUAUAUAGUGGUCACGGAAAUGGUAGCCAUUUGAUGGCGUUAGAACAAGUUCAAAAAUCGAAUAUUAAAGCAGUCGUACUAUUGUUUGGAUGUGGAAGUGUCAGAAAUAACAGGCUUGACCCACAAGUAGAGAUGUUUGCUAGCUACCAUUAUUACCUUAUGGGAAAAUGCCCUUCGGUUGUUGGAAUGUUAUGGGAGGUAACGGAUCUUGAUACAGAUGUCUUAACAACUAAUUUUUUGAGCUAUUGGAUACCGUCAAAAGCCCCAAUUCAUUGGAAAUAUGUUGAUAAAACUGACUGGAACAAGGCAUUGAGUGAUAAAAUGAACUUUCAGAAGGUUACCAAAGGCGCUGGACAAGAAAAAUAUUGGGAACCCGAGUUGUUACGAGCUUUAAACGAAGCAAAGCAUGGUCUUAAAUAUUAUAGUACAAAGGCUGCGUGUGUUGUCAGAGGUAUCCCUGUAAAGAUUCAACUGGUCUCAUAGUAAAUUGUUCUUAGAUAAUUAUUUGUGAAGUUAGGUGCCUAACAAAAAGUGAUGUUGCACAUUUUUUGUAAUUUAUUUAAUAUAGAAGUAUACGUUUUCAAAAUAUAAGUAUAAUUAAUGUAAAGAAACCAGUACAAAUUAAACAUUAUGGAUAUUAGUAGAAAUCUCUGUAAGCAGCUCGCACAUAAAAUUAUAUUCUUCUAUGAG